CGUGUCCCUCCGGAAAGAGCAGCGGGCGGGACGACAGCAACAUGGCGCCCCCAGCCCCCGGCCCGGCCACUGGCUCCGGGGACGUGGACGAGCUAUUCGACGUGAAGAACGCCUUCUACAUCGGCAGCUACCAGCAGUGCAUCAACGAGGCUCAGCGAGUGAAGCUGUCCAGUCCGGAGAGGGACGUGGAGCGCGACGUCUUCCUGUACCGGGCAUACCUUGCGCAGAGGAAGUACGGCGUGGUGCUGGAUGAGAUCAAGCCCACGUCAGCCUCGGAGCUGCAGGCUGUGCGCAUGCUUGCCGAGUACCUCUCCAGCGAGGGUCAGAGGGACAUGGUAGUGGCGCACCUGGACCGGGAGAUGAGCCGCAACGUGGACGUGACCAACACGACGUUCCUGCUGAUGGCUGCCUCCGUGUACCUGCACGACGGGAACCCGGACGCCGCGCUGCGGACGCUGCACCAGGGCGACAGCCUCGAGUGCUCCGCCAUGGUGGUGCAGAUCCUGUUGAAGCUGGACCGCCUGGACCUCGCCCGGAAGGAGCUGAAGAAGAUGCAGGACCAGGACGAGGAUGCCACUCUCACCCAGCUGGCCACCGCCUGGGUCAACCUGGCAGUGGGUGGCGACAAGCUGCAGGACGCCUACUAUGCCUUCCAGGAGCUGGCUGACAAGUGCUCGUCCACCCUGCUGCUGCUGAACGGCCAGGCCGCCUGCCACAUGGCCCAGGGCCGCUGGGGGGAUGCCGAGGGGGCGCUGCAGGAGGCGCUGGACAAGGACAGCGGCCACCCAGAGACGCUGAUCAACCUCAUCGUCCUGUCCCAGCACCUGGGCAAGCCCCCUGAGGUGACAAACCGCUACCUGUCCCAGCUGAAGGACUCCCACAGGUCUCACCCUUUCAUCAGGGAGUACCAGGCCAAGGAGAAUGACUUUGACCGGCUGGUCCUGCAGUAUGCCCCCAGUGCCUGAGGCUGGCCUGAUGCCCCACCUGAUGUCCCGAAGGCUGUGUCUGCACCAAGGGACCGAGGGGACCAUUUGCCCUCCUCCAGCCCCCACUUCUCGGCCAGAGCCUGGAAGCCUGGCCCCAGCACCUGAUCUCACAAUAAACUGACCUCCUGAGCUUC